CAGUCAGUGUCAGUGUGACUUUAUUGCCAUCAUGACUGGGAAAAUUCUUCUGUUGGGACUUCUGCUCGUCUGUGUGGCUGCAGAUAAAAUGAACCCAAGAAACGGGAGAGAGCCAACCUGUUCAGAUAUAAAAGGACCUGUCUUGUGCGCCAUGGUCUAUAACCCUGUGUGCGGGAGUGAUGGCGUCACACACGGCAACGAGUGUAUGCUCUGUGGGAAAAGAAAAAGUACAAAUCAGAACAUUUGGAUUGUCAAGGAUGGACCAUGCUGACCUGGGCAUGUUAACAGUGAAAAUCAUCAAAUAAAGCAUUCUGACAUAA